AUGCGUUCCGCUGUUCUCAGGAGGGGUUUCUCGUACGUUCCCGAGUGUUACAAAGUGCAACCUUCACAUAGGGCCGAGUCCGACUCCAAGCUUGGAGAUGUCCCGCUCAUCAACUUGGACGGUAUGUCCGAUGAUCCUGCCAGAAGGUCGAUCAUCAUCCAAGAGAUUGCAAAUGCUUGUCGUUGCUACGGCUUCUUUCAAGUCAUAAAUCACGGCAUAUCCCAAGAAACACUCGACGGGGCUCUGUCUGCUGCCGCUGGUUUCUUCAAAUUGCCCAAUUCAGCUAAGGCAAAGUUCAUGUCGAGUGAUGUGCAUGAACCAGUCAGAUACGGUACGAGCGUACGAGACGGUGUGGACAAGGUUCAGUUCUGGAGGGUCUUUCUCAAACACUAUGCACAUCCCAUCAAGGAUUGGAUCGGGUUGUGGCCUGAUAACCCAUAUGAUUACAGGGAAAAAAUGGGAGAAUACGUUGUGGCAGUGCAAGAACUCUCGGUGAAAAUCGUGGGGGUGAUAACGGAGAGCCUCGGGCUCGGGCCGGCAUACUUGAGCGACAAACUGGACGAUGGAAUGCAAGUGAUGGCUGUCAACUGCUACCCGCAGUGCCCACAGCCCGAACUGGCACUAGGCCUGCCGCCCCAUUCUGAUUACAGCUGCCUGACAGUAGUCCUCCAGGACAUGCCGGGACUCCAAAUUCUUGAUUCCAGGGACAAAUCCUGGAAAGCGGUUCCAAUGAUUCCAGGCGCCCUCCAGGUCAACGUUGGGGAUCAGCUGGAAGUACUAAGCAACGGGAGGUACAAAAGUGUUGUCCACAAGGUGACAGUUAACAGCGAGAAGACGAGGAUUUCAAUUGCGGGCCUGCAUAGCUUGGGGAUGGAUGUGAAGAUGGAUGCAGCCCUGGAGAUGGUGGAUGAAGAUCACCCGAAUGGAUACAGAGAAAGCAGUUUCAGGGAUUUUCUCAACUUCAUUGCCAAGAAUGAUCUUGGAGAGGGGAAGAAUUUCCUCAACACGCUCAAGAUCCGGUGACCGUGAAUUCUAUAUAUACAUAUAUGCUAUUAGGAGUGUUGAUAAUAAGGAGAUUCUUCCAGGCCCGAUUUGCUGUCUCGGCCCCGAUUGAAUCACAUCCCCUGACCUAGGCUCAGACAGCAAGACUAUAAGAAAUCUCUCAGUGGACUUAUUAUGAGGUGUUUUAAUGAAGUUAGAGUUCUGUCUUUGUGUCGUCUUGUCAGUUGCAACCCUUUUGGUAAUUUUCCUUGUCUAACGUCGUCUUCAAUUACCCAUUGAUCUGUCUGUCUGUCUAUCUGCUGAGGACUUGUUAUUCUUCCAGGAUUGUGU